AUGAAAGUUGCAAUAAUUGGUGGUGGUCCUGCUGGUCUUGCCGCAGUAAAACAUUGUUUGGAACAAAAUAUCGAAUGUACUGCUUUUGAGCAAACGGAAAAUAUAGGAGGAACUUGGAUUUACACCGACAACAUAGAAGAAGAUGAAAAUGGAGUACCGGUUCAUACAGCAAUGUACCAGGGAUUGCGUACAACUUUACCCAGUCGGCUUAUGGAGUUUGAAAACUUUCCUCACAUGUCCAAAGAGAACUUUUAUAUCACACAACCAGACGUUUUGGAGUAUAUUAAGUCUUACGCUAACCACUUUAACUUAUUACCUCACAUAAAGGUGGUUUUUAGUUUUACUAAAUUAUUUUAUGGUAGACCCGCUAAAGGAGUAAUAACUAAACCUAGAGUGUCCCAUUUAAAAAAAGGCAAAGCAUUUUUUCGGGAUGGAACCGAAGAAGACAUAGAUGAAGUCAUUUAUUGCACAGUUAUUUUCCACGUGAAGUAA